AUGCUCGGCGAGCUCAGGGCGACGCUCCGCUACGAGCGGAGCGGCGGCGGCGGCGGCUAUUUAAAGGGCCGCCGCGGGGCCGAGGCGGCUGUUUCAUCCCGCGGACGCCGAGCGAGGCCGGCCCCGCCUCCCUCCCUUCCACACGGGGGGCGGAGGCCGGAGGCCGGCGCGGAGCCCGCCCCGCCGCCUCCCCGCCCCGCCGCGCUGCCGGCGAAUGGAGGCCGGACACCUCAGGCGGCGCCGCUGCCGGCCGCGCAGGCCGGCCCCGGCCCCGCCACCGCACGGGCGGCUGAGGGACCGCAGGGCCCCCGGGCCCGGCUGGGGGCUCCGCGGCCUGGGCGGGCCCCGCCGCAGCGGCUUCCUUCAGCCCUGAGGGAGGGAGGGAGAGCGGCGCCGCUCGGGGCGCUCGGCGCCCUCGGGCGGGACCGUGCCUCCGGCGGCCUUUUCCCCAUGCGUCUCAGAAUAGCCCCAAAUGCAUACAUUUGUACUACAAAGAACUUCAUCUGGUCCCUCUGUACUUGCCUGUUGCUAUCUUGGCAAGGCCAAAUCCACUUCAGAUCCUUUACGUGGUCCCCCAAGGGCGUUGGUAUGCACAACCAGGAGGCAACCCCACAUGUAACGGGGAAAUCUGAGUUACUUGGCAACAGUCCCAGGCUGAGGCACAAAAGCGCCCAGAAGUCUUGCCCGCAGACCAGUUGGAUCAGUAUUUGAAUCCAUGCUUUGUAUUUUACAGUGCUAAGAGGAAGGAAGGAGACGCAGCUAAAGAGAUUACACAGGGACGCGUGAGACUGGGCAUGCGUGUUCCUCUGGAAAAGGCUCCAACAGCUGCAUAAAGCAAGCCAUACGCCAGUUUUGGACACAGGCAGCCAAGUGCCUGAGCUCCUAUGUGUGCUCAGAGCCAACAAUAACAGUUAACUGCGCAGAGCCAACGUUAAGAGUUGUUAUAAGAGACGUUUUCCGCCUGGCACGUCCCGGUUUACGCCCUCUCCUCACCUCCACCUCUCCAGUUCACCAGAACUUUGACUUUGCUGUUUGGUCUGACAGUUUGACCAAACAGCUUAUGAUUAAUCUAAUACAAUAUUUUUAUUAGUGACAACCAGCACCCCAAACUGCAAUUAUUGGUAAAAUUUAUCCUAAAAUGCAGUGAGUUUCUGGUCAGGGUCAAUGUGCCUGUUUGUAUAGGGCCCAGAACAUCUGGACAAUAAUUUCAGCUGGACUCAUGGACAAUAUUGCAAUAUAAACAAAAAACAAAAGCCAUGCAAGAUUAAAACAAUGUUUAAAAAUCAGAGGAAGGCCACCCAGAAAACUCUGAUGAGAAUGUCCUCUGAAGCCUUAUUCUUUUAGUUCCUGCAUGACAAUGUUUUGUUUUCCAGUAUAUGACCUUCCUCUAAUUAGAUUAUUUAAAUCUCUCAGUAUACAGAAAUUAUUCACACUUCCUCCCAGGCAUGAUUACAUUUGACAGCCUUAUCUAUUGUUUAGUAAAUACCUCCUUUUUUUUCUUCUCUUCUGAUGUUCUUCUGGAAACCAUGCACAUUACACCAGACAUCAAAGCUGUUCCUUCGGAAGCAGUGCUUUGGGCAGCAGCAUUGCUUUUCUGAAUGUGGAGCAUACUAAAUCUCCCAACAGCAGAGCCGUUUCAGGCAUAACAGCCAUUUCAAUAAAACAAUAAAGAGCUUUAAAUGCUAAAACUAAUGCAAUGGAAGUAAGAACAGCCAGAUAAGGCACUGCUUUUCAUCGCAGCCCCAUUGGAGAGAAAUUGUCUUGUAGCAUGACUUCUUUGAAGGGUUUUACUCAGCUGAGUUGCCCCAUUGCCUUUACGUGAACAGUUGUUCACAUAAAGUAAGGUGAAGAUUUGAUCCAGUGUUACAGUAUAGCUAAAAGCAAAUUUGGCUUAAUCUCUUCCCCCUACAUACUGAAGCCCAACAGAAGCAUACAGCCAGAGAGGGUGUCAGAGACAAGAUGUACUUGUGAUUCAAAUUGCAAGCUAAUAUUUGAUGAAGUGGGAAAUGAUUAUUUGGAUUUUCUAUUAUUUUAUCUAUAUGAAACUGAGGAUGGAAACAAGGCUGCAUAAAAACACUAGGAGGGCUGAAGGAACAGGAUUUUUACUCACCACCACCACAACAACAAAGCAGAUUUCGAUGUGUUAUGUGCAGUGCUUGGUGUAGUGUCCAGCCCUGUGGGGCCUUUUGUGGAUCAUUUUCUUGCUAAUCAUAUUCAGUUCAUCAUUUAUCAUUUCAUCUACAAGUUCUGCUCUAAACUGAGCUCUACACCUUUUCUAAGAUUUACUUUUUAUAUCAAAGCAAUGGCUGCGACCUUCAGAAUGUUGUACAAUGGUGGGGUUUUUUGUUGGUCUGCUUAGGAAACAUAUUUUCUCGGCUCUAAUAUCUUCCUUUACAUUUUAAGGGUAUUUUUUGCACCAGAAGAAAUUAAUAAACUUCAAGAGUUUUAAAGCAGGUACAAGUCUGAAAACUACAUAGUCACAGAAAUUAUUCAUCUGUUUCAUCAUUUAUCGCUUGGAGGACAUAAUAACAAAACCCAUAAAUGCGAAAGACUUUUUUUUUUUUAAAGCUUGCUACUUGUCAUCUUUGGUUAGAAAUUACUGCUGUAUUUUCAGUUAACAUUGUAUAAAAUAUUUUAUAAUAUCACUUUCCAUACGAGCAAGAAGAGUGAAACCGUUAAAAAGCUGGAUAUAUAUGGUAAAUUAAUAUUUAUUGUCAUGUAUUGAAAUACAUUUGUUUCAGACAUCCUCUUUGACCAAUACUCUUGUCUGCAGAGGUUAAAAAGGUAAUGCGGAAGCCAGAUUCUUCUAGUUAUUA